AUGGCGGGCCUGGCCGGCGGGCCGCGCGACCCCUGGGAGCGGCUGGGCUCGUGGGACCGCCCGCUGCGGCCGCUGGCGCCCCUCAGCGAGCGGCAGCGCGACUCGGUGCUGGAGCUGCGCGCGGCGGCGCCCUGCCCGCCCGCCCCCGGCGAGCUUCCCAUUGAGGAUUUCAGCAGUCUUGGGCAACCAUCAUCAGCUGUAACCCUGACAGCUGCGGUGCCAGAAUCCAUGGAAAACAUCCUCUUGAAAGGUUUUUCUACUUUGGGUAUGGAAAAUGAGAGAAUUGAAACAGCACAACAGUUCUUCUCAUGGUUUGAUCAACUCCGUAUCCAAAUGGACCAAGAAGAAGGGGCUAAAUACAGGCAGACAAGGGCUUAUUUGUCUGGAUUUGAAGAGCAGUGUGAUGGCAUCCUGAGCGAUGUGAACAGCGCUCUUCAGCAUCUGGAGUCACUGCAGAAGCAAUAUCUCUUUGUUUCAACCAAAACUGGGACCCUCCACGAAGCUUGCGAACAGCUGUUGAAAGAGCAGUCAGAGCUUGUGGAGUUGGCCGAAAAUAUCCAUCAGAAACUGUCAUAUUUUAAUGAAUUGGAAAAUAUAAAUACAAAACUGAAUUCCCCUACAUUAUCUGUGAACAGUGAUGUUUUCAUCCCUAUGCUGGCUAAACUUGAUGACUGUAUUAUGUAUAUUUCAUCACACCCAAACUUUAGGGACUAUCCUAUAUAUUUGACAAAGUUUAAGCAAUGUCUUUCUAAAGCUGUGCACCUCAUGAAAACAUACACUGUGAAUAUACUACAGAACCUCACAAACCAGUUAAUUAAAAGGGACCCUUCGGUUGUGCCAACUUCAGACAAUGCCUUUACUUUAUUUUAUGUGAAAUUCAGAGCUGCAGCACCAAAAGUCAGAACACUCAUUGAGCAAAUAGAACAGCGGUCUGAGAAAAUGCCAGAGUACCAGCAGCUGUUGAAUGAGAUCCAUCAAUGUUACCUUGAUCAGAGGGAGCACUUACUGGGGCCUAGCAUUACUAGCACUGUGAGAGAGUUAACAAAUCAGAACAACAGAGAUCAUUGUGCUCUGGUCCGAAGCGGCUGUGCCUUUAUGGUCCACGUGUGCCAGGAUGAGCAUCAGUUGUAUGAUGAGUUCUUCACCAAAACAACACCCAGACUGGAUGAACUUUUGGAGAAACUCUGCCUAUCGUUAUAUGACGUCUUUCGGCCGUUGAUCAUUCACGUAAUUCAUUUAGAAACCUUGUCUGAGCUCUGUGGGAUUCUCAAAAAUGAGAUGCUUGAAGAUCAUGUGCAAAACAACGCGGAACAACUGGCUGCUUUUGCCGCUGGAGUUAAGCAGAUGCUGGAGGAUGUCCAGGAGCGCCUGGUCUACCGGACGCACAUUUACAUUCAGACAGACAUCGCUGGUUACAAGCCUGCCCCAGGGGACCUCGCUUAUCCUGAUAAGCUGGAAAUGAUGAAGCAAAUUGCACAAAGCUUAAAGGAUGAAGAUAAAAGGUUACCCACAGAUGCUUCAUUUUCAACCCUCAAGCUAGAAGAGCCAGAGAACUCCAGUGCGGUAAAACCUGAUCCACUGGAAUCCAGUAGUCUUAGACUUCACAGCACAAUUUCACCUGCAGAUCUCCACGGAAUGUGGUACCCUACUGUCAGAAGGACGCUUGUUUGUCUCUCGAAACUUUACCGAUGUAUUGAUAGGGCGGUGUUCCAGGGAUUGUCACAAGAGGCUUUAUCUGCCUGCAUACGGUCACUGCUGGUAGCUGCAGAUUCUAUUACUAAAACCAAGACCCAGAUUGACGGACAGCUGUUCUUAAUAAAACAUCUUUUGAUUCUUCGGGAACAAAUUGCUCCGUUCCACACUGAAUUCACCAUUAAGGAAAUUUCCCUGGAUCUUAAGAAAACUAGAGAUGCUGCAUUUAAGAUACUGAAUCCUAUGACUGUUCCACAUUUUUUUAAACUAAGUAGCAACAAUGCACUGAUACAGUUCUUACUGGAGGGCACUCCAGAGAUCAGGGAACAUUACAUUGACUCCAAGAAGGAUGUGGAUCGGCACCUGAAGCUUGCCUGUGAGCAGUUCAUUCAGCAGCAAACCAAGCAGCUUGCAGGGCCUCUGGAGGAAUUUCUCACAAAGGUCUCUGCUUUGAAGACGAUGGCCAUGCAGAGUGGACCCACGUACAACCUCUUGCAGCAGCCCUGGGCACAGCCAGCAAAGGUCGGUGACUUGGUGUCUUCAACAUACAAGACGAUAAAGACAAAACUCCCAUCAACAUUACAGAGCAUGUCACUCUACUUGUCCAACAAGGACACAGAAUUCAUUUUGUUCAAGCCAGUUCGGAACAAUAUUCAGCAGGUGUUUCAGAAACUGCACGCUCUAUUGAAAGAAGAAUUUAGUAAUGAAGAUGUCCAGAUUAUAGCUUGCCCUUCAAUGGAACAGGUAAACCUCCUUUUGUCAAUAACAAAAUAGUCUGUUAUUUGAGAAACCUCCUCCAAUUUUGGGUCAGGCAGGAAGGACAGAAGAACAUUUAUUUCAAGUCAGCAAAAACUUGGUGCAAACAGCUUUUACUUUCAUUCUAAUAUCAGUGGAAAAGAUGUACUGAAAAGGAAACGGAAAGUCCUGAAUUUAAAAAGUAGGGAUCUAAGAAUAUCUUGAAUGACACUACAAAGGCAGGACUGAGCCAAAGACUUUUGGAUACUUGGAAAUAUAAUAUAAAGGGGUAGGUGGAUAUGGGUGAGGAACACAGUCAGAGUGCCAGACCUGAACGGAUUGGUGCAACAGCGGGCGCCUGGAGAGAAAAGCUGCCUUACCUGUUGCCCAGGGAAGUGAAGACGUGGGGGGCCCUGUGUGUGGGGCGGCCGUGCGCUGGGAGGUCACAGUUGGCUGCAGCUUCCAUGUGCACGACUGGGGUGGAGCAUCCACACUGCGGCCUACACACAAGCAAUAAUUAUCAUUUAGAAAUUGAAAAUAAUUUUGUAGAUUUGGCCAUGGCCUGGAGCAGAAGGGAGUUUUGCGAUAACUUAUUUUGCAGAAAUCCAAUUCCUAAUUAUACUUCAAGUGAAAAGUCAUCUUCACGAUUGUGUGUGUGUGUGUGUGGCGGGGGUAAGGGACUGUAAUUAACUGUAAAUUUUAAAGUUGCUGAGAUUAAAUACAUUGGAAAUA